AUGCCGCCGAACCUCGGGAACGGGACUGGCAUGCCUUGUUCUCCGUUGCAGACGACACUCUGGCUGCUGGGCCUCCUGGCUCUCGGCUUCAGCGAGGAAGCCGAGCAGCAGCAGCAGCAGCAGCAGCCGCCGCAGCAGGAGGCGGCGCCCGCGGCCCAGCAGGAGCCAAGGGCCGGGGACAAAAAGCAGGAGAAGCGCGGCCUCGGCGGCUGGGAGGGCAGCGACGGCUGGGCCGGCGACGCCUCGGCCUGGGGCGCCGGAGCCGGCGAGAGCUGGGCCAGCGCCAGCGCCGGCGCCGGCGAGGGCCUGAGCCUCGGCGAGGGCUGGGCCAGCGGCGGCAACCUCGGCGGCGACCUCGGCGGCUGGGGCCACGAGGAGCACUCCAAGAUCAAGGAGAUCAAGAUCGAGAAGAUCGUGAAGGUGCCGUACGUGGUGGAGAAGAAGGUGCCCUACCCGGUGGAGAAGCAGGUGCACUACGCGGUGAAGGUGCCGGUGCCGCAGCCCUACCCCGUGGAGAAGAAGAUCCCCGUGCCGGUGAAGGAGACGAUCAAGGUGCCGGUGCACGUGCCGCACCCCUACCCGGUGGAGAAGAAGGUCUACUACCCCGUGCACGUGCCCGUGGAGCGGCCGGUGCCGCACAAGGUCUACGUGCCGGCGCCCUACCCCGUCGAGAAGAAGAUCCACGUGCCCGUGAAGGUGCCCGUGCCGCAGCCCUUCCCCGUGGUCAAGCACGUGCCGGUGCCGCACAAGGUGGUCGAGCACGUGCCCCAGCCGUACCCCGUCUACAAGAACAUCCCGGUGCCCGUCAAAGUCAAGGUCGACCACCCCGUGCCCUACCCCGUCGACAAGCCCUACCCCGUGCACGUGGAGAAGAAGGUGCCCUACCCCGUCUACAAGAACGUGCCCGUGCCCGUGAAGGUGAAGGUCGACCACCCGGUGCCCUACCCGGUGGACAAGCCGGUGCCGUACCCGGUGAAGGUGCCGGUGCCCCAGCCGUAUCCCGUCAUCAAGAAGGUGCCGGUGCCCGUCGAGAAGGAGGUGCCCUACCCCGUAGAGGUGAAGGUCGAUCGGCCGGUGCCCGUCUACGUCGAGAAGAAGAUCCCCGUGACCAUCCCUAAGCACGUGCCGGUGCCGAUCAAGGUGCCCGUGCCCGUGCCCAUCCACCACCACCACCACGAGGAGAAGCACGAGGAGUGGCAGGAGCCGUCCCACGCCGACUGGUCCGACAAGGCUAGCGAGGGCGGCGAGUGGGCCGGGGCCGAGUCCGGGGCCGAGUCCGGGUCCGAGUCCGGGGCCGACUGGUCCGAGUAG